UACAAUAACAACUUAAAUUUUCUUGAUCUUAAUCCCUAAUUCUGUCAAACUCUAACCCAAAUUGUAACCAAACACUAGGACUAUCUCCAACAAGGCCACAACCAAUUUUGCUAUUGGCCCAACUAAAAAUAUCCACAAAAUACAAAUAUCAUUUACACAUUUCCACAAGUUGUUCGAUUUUUAAAAUUGCAAGUAAAAAAUCCAAGUUGAUUUGAAAAGAGUAUUGUGACCAUAAAUAUCCCCUCAACUCACAUAAAACCCAUUUGCAGCUGCGCCUAAAACCUUAUCGCUCCCAUUUCCUCCCUCCCUAUCUCUCUAGCAGCAGUAGCAGCCUUAUCUCCUCCUUUCACCUUCUCUACAACAAUGGCUUCCACCUCUUUCCUCGCUUCUUUUGCACCCAAAACGCUAAUUCCUUCUAAAAUCUCUUCACCUUCACUCCCCUUUUUCUCUCUCCUAACUUCCUCUUCUUCUUCCAAAACACUGCUUAAUUCCGUCGCUUUUCCCUCCUUGAAACGCUUCGAAUCCAUUUCCUCAAGCUUCGUGCGACACGUCGCCAUUUCUUCCGAGUUUGAGCAGGAGGAGGAUGUUAUGGGUGACGAUGAUGCCGGACGACAACCUAACUUCUCCCCUGACCUUAAGAUUUUUGUGGGUAAUCUUCCAUUUAAUGUUGACAGUGCUGAGCUCGCUGGGUUGUUCGGUGCUGCUGGUACCGUCGAAAUGGUUGAGGUUAUAUAUGAUAAAUUGACUGGAAGGAGCAGAGGGUUUGGAUUUGUGACCAUGUCUUCUGUUGAAGAAGUAGAAGCAGCCGCUCAGCAAUUCAAUAACUAUGAACUUGAUGGCAGGACCUUGAGGGUGAAUGCAGGACCUCCACCACCUAAAAGAGAUGACUUUUCCCCUAGAGGUGCGGGAGGUGCCAGAGGUGGUGGAUCAAGCUUUGGGAGCUCCAACCGGGUUCAUGUGGGGAAUCUUUCAUGGAAAGUUGAUGAUGAUGCCCUCAAGACUCUUUUUAGCGAAACGGGAGAUGUAGUGGAAGCAAAGGUGAUUUAUGACAGGGAUACUGGCCGUUCCAGAGGGUUUGGAUUUGUAACUUACAAUUCUGCUAAUGAGGUCAACACUGCUAUUGAAUCCUUAGACGGCGUGGAUUUGAAUGGGAGGUCUAUCCGAGUAACUGCCGCAGAAGCAAGGCAGAGGCGUGCGUUUUAAAGUGAAAAGCGGUUAUAAAAUGAUUUCCUAGGCUGGUAGCUAGAGAAAUGCGGCUGCAGGUGAACCCAACUAGUGUUGAACAAUGUGCUGUUUUGUGCAUCAGUUUGCUCAAAUUUUUCAGAUGCACAGAAAUGGCUAAGAUGUUGUACACUGUGCAUGGAGAAAUACUGAAUAUGUUAUGGAAGCUCUAUUUACUAUUUAGGUAUUUGAAUUCUACUAUGUGUAAUGCUUUUUUGCAGUCUAGGUUGGAUGAUGAUUAGUUAAACUCUUUAAUAGCAGGAUGGUCUGAAUGUAAUAUUUCAUUCCCUGCAAGGAUGCUUGAAAUUGAUUAACAAUGCAGCACUCUUAUGUAAGAAACUGGUUGGCCGGUAAUGAUGCAGUAAUACAAAUGUUAUUUGUUUAGUGAA